GAUCUAUCACGAUACCCCAUGAGUUACAUGUCUGAUGACACGGAUUUGUACCAGUAUUGCAUGCGCAGCAGAGAGUACCGCGUUUAUGACUUUUUCAUUUAUGGGCCAUUAGAGGUGGUUGCUAAUUCUUUGUUGCUUGCUAUACACAUGAUAGAAGGCGAGUCCAAAACAUGUGAUCCAGUGAAACACCAUGUCAUUGCACUUGCCACCAACAAUAACAGGCAGUAUACUACCCACUCGAGCGUGGCAUUCAAGUGUAUCAGAAAAAGGACUGCAUUGAGAUAUAGUCCAUCUCAUCAUACAGUGAUUGGGCAUUUACCAGCCAGUGUGGAUAGAAUACUAGUAGUAUCUAGUAAAGACCGCCUACUGAGAUGUGGGAGGGACAUUUCCUCCUCCUAG